UGAUACGGCAGUGACAGGCUGGCAGAGGACGUGGGACUAGAGGGACUAGGUGGAUGGCCGGGUGUGCUGGGCCUCGUCGGGCCCGUCUUCCAGCGAUGUGUCAACGAGAACCACGUCGUUGAGAACCAGUCAUGGGGAGCCAGGGGUGGGGAUCUGGCCUGCUAUUGUCUCGUGUUGACGAUUCCCAGUUGGGGUGGUUUCGUAGACAGGACAGCUGCAUGCAUCGCGGUUGCGAGCGACACUACCGAUGCGAUGAAUCGUCUAUUGCCCAAUGCGGUAGGACACCUUCCCGAUGCGGCAGAAAAUAAACAUAUGCCAUGUUCGCGGCCUAAUCUGCCUGUCCAAUAUACGAAUCUGGCUGGGCCAGCUGCCCUGCUCUGAAGGGCUCCCCAAACCCAAGACACCGUUGGCGGCGCCAGAACGCCUCCUCUGCCUCGCCACCGCCAGAUCACCUCAACAUUCCGUGUCUCGCCAUCCAGCCAAACUGUGGAGUAUCGCAUGGCAAUCGCGGUCACAAUCCGCUGCGCGACCCAUUGUCGCAGACACAAUUGUCGUGCCCAGUCGCGACAUCGCGUCAACCUCUACACCACCACUACAUGUAGACAUAUAUUUUACAGAAAGGCCAGUCGGAUGCUAUCCCGAGCCAGCAGACGCAAACGCCUCUGCAUGCCAGGAAAUUCUCCGUACACGCCAGUACGGACCCAUCGGCAAUCAAGGAUGUUUGAGGCCCAAUCCGGGGAAUGGAGGGCAGACGCCUGAUAGCGCCCCGUCACAUUCUGUUCUGGAAUGGCUCAGAAUGGCCCAGCGAGAGCUGAUUUUAAUUGGAUUGGGGCGCCCAGCCUGAUUAUAUUGCUGGGAGGUCUAGCCAAGCCGCACUGAAUCCAUUGAGGCCCUGCUACCCAACUAUUAUAGUACAGAUAUUAUACUUAGAUAUUGGCUUGGUAGGUCCGAGUAGCUCGAGGAUUGUGGCAGGGACGAUGUAUUGGCUUACCAGCUGAAUAGCACUGAUUAUAGUAUUACUUAGGCACUGGCGAGUAGCACUCAUAUGGUUGUGGAUGAAUGUGAUGCUUUUGCUUGAGAGGAG